AUGGCAGUUCAUUAUUUAAAAGAAAGUCGUAGUACGAUUGAGAUCAAGAAAAGAAGGAUAGAAAGUAAGGAAAAUAUAGAUAAAAUGCUUUUGAGUAUGAAGAAGAAUGAAGGGUUCCAAGAGUCAGGUAGAGUGCUAGAGAACGGGACGGUUAUCAACAGGAAUAGUGGGCUCGUUACACCUUCGAUGAGUAACGAUGCGAAGGAUUUGCGCGAGAUUUCGGGGCUCGGAGAUGGGAGUGGAAUGGAUACCCGGGAGGACGAGUGUCCUUGUGGAUAUUUCCAUGGUCCAGGGGAAAGCGGGCAUCAUGAUAUCAAGGCUGUUGGAUUCACCAGCCAGCCAUUGCUUCGGGGGCCAGAUUAG